CACAAUUCUCGUCACUUCCUGUCUUUCUCAGCGUCCGAACUCGGCUUCCCAGAAGCCUUCGUGGCUAGUGGCGGAAGCUCACGCGCUGCUGUCUUGUCCUGGGAGCUUGUCGACAACAGGACGGGGCCUGGAGGGUCCGGACGGGCGCUUGGCCAGCCUUCAGCCAUGGCUAUUCUGUUUGCAGUGGUGGCCAGGGGCUCCACCAUCUUAGCCAAACAUGCUUGGUGUGGAGGGAACUUCCUGGAGGUGACGGAGCAGAUUUUGGCAAAGAUACCAUCAGAAAACAACAAACUGACCUACUCCCAUGGAAAUUACCUGUUCCACUACAUCUGCCAGGACCGGAUUAUAUACCUCUGCAUCACUGAUGAUGACUUUGAACGUUCCCGAGCUUUCACAUUUCUGAAUGAAAUAAAAAAGCGGUUUCAAACAACUUACGGUUCUCGUGCACAGACGGCCCUUCCCUAUGCCAUGAACAGCGAGUUUUCUAGUGUUCUGGCUGCACAACUGAAAUACCACUCUGAGAACAAGGGCUCUGAUCAGGUGGCAGAGACGCAGGCCCAGGUAGACGAGCUCAAGGGGAUCAUGGUCCGUAAUAUAGAUCUGGUGGCCCAAAGAGGAGAAAAGUUGGAGUUGCUGAUAGACAAAACUGAAAACCUUGUGGAUUCGUCUGUCACUUUCAAAACAACCAGCCGGAACCUGGCUAGAGCAAUGUGCAUGAAGAACCUCAAGCUAACCAUCAUUAUUGCCAUAGUAUCCAUCGUCAUAAUCUACAUCAUUGUGUCAGCGGCUUGCGGGGGCAUCUUGUGGCCAGACUGUGUAAAGUAGCCAUCGGAACCAGUCAAUUGCACAUGUGUACGGAUGACCCUCAUAAAACAAACUCAGACCUCCUUCCUCUUCAUCCUUCCAGGACACUUGACCCUUUUUGCCUUAUCACCCCAAAAAGGGGCUUGGGUGGGAUCCCAAGCCAGCAGCCUCCAAGGCAGAGGUGUUGUUUUGUUUAAGCCUAUUCAAAGGUAUACCUUUGUCUUUCACUUCUAAGCUGCCCGGGGGAAAGGAAGGCAUUGACUGUGGAUCUAAAUAAGAGUUCAUGCUUUGCACUUUACUGUCUGGAAGCCCUGCUGGAGCAGGCGGAGUGCUGACUGCCCUCACCUUCAUCCUUUAACCCUUGAGGGGGCAAUGUGGGUGGGUGCCACCGAGACCGAAGGAUUCCUCUCUGUGUACCCUUGCUCCAGUGCAUGUGGCCAGCUCCUCCCAGCAGUGCCUUUCCUAAAAUCAUGUCAGUCCAUGACUUUGUCUUUAGAGGACAUUACUAGGCACAUUGGUGGGCUCUGACCUGUGAACCGGGUGAUUGGCAAAGGUGUUGAUUUUGCUUUCUUGUAGCUACUCUUCGUAGUUUCUGUGCUUUCCUCCUGUCCUGCUUGCCAGAGGUGUUCAGCUCUGAUUCCAAGAAACGUCUCCUCUGGUGAGCAAAAUCCUGCACCAGUCAGAGCCAUUGCUUUGCCAGGCUUGUGCAGUUGUCUUGCUGAUUGUAAAUGUGGUAUGGUUAUGGUGCCUAGACUCCCAGUAACAGAGUUCAGACUGGACAAGACUUUGGGAUUCUGAGCUGCUGGUGGACACUUUCAAAUGCAAGGGGCAUUGAAAGCUUAAAAUUGGCCAUCUCCAGGGAACCUGCUCAAAAAAUGAUGUUUGAGAAGCAAACUCUGGCAUGUACUUGCAUAAUUGCUCGGACAGCUGCAGAACAAUGCGACAGAGGGACAGUUGUGUUGGAUGUGAUGCCUUCAGAACAAGUCAUGCACAAGUUGGACUGUAUGCACCUCUGAGUACUUUGGGAGUUUCUGCUGGGGAUCUUGUCUCAGCCAAAAGGGCUACAGCUUAAGUGGGUGAUGACAGGGAAAAGUUACACUGUUUUCAGGGUAAAUGGAGUUGCCCUCUCGAAUGCUUGAUGCUCAUCUUGGACGAAUGUAAGGCUUUUAUGUGAAAGCAAAUUAUGGUUAUGUCAAUGUGCUGCCCACAGUGCAACUGUCAGAUAACUGUGAAAUGUACCCUCCACCUCCCAGAUUAACAUAAAGUGCUAUGGAAGUAUGAAGUACUGGCAUGACGACUCCUAGAGAUGCUUAGCCUCCCCCAUGCUGCUCUUCCCCAUCCAGUUUUUGUUUUCUGUACAUUUCCUGCAGGCCAUUUCCAACUUACAAACUCAGAUGAGCACUACAGUAGGGCCUGCUUUCUCUCUUAAGGGAUGGCCAGGCUCACUAAUGUCUGAGAAAGACCAUUUGAGAAGGGCUCCUCUGCUCCUGUUAUCUCCCCUUUCCUUCCAAAUACCUUUCCAGGCACAAGUCAGUGUUUCAUUGUGCAUGUUUUAGGAACUGUUCAUAGUAACUCUUAAAUUUUCUGAUUGCCUUUAUGUAUAUUAAAAGUCUGCUUCCUGUUUUAAAAUGCACUGAUGCAUUAUUGUGAAAUAAAAAAAAUUAAUCUUG